AUGUGCUAUAAUCUCAAUCCGACUGAAGCCAUGGAUCUUGCUCCUGCACCUGUACGACAUUCUGCUGAAGAGGUGGGGAAUGCACUUGCAGAGCAGUACUAUACCCACUUGAAAAACUCCCCGGAGCUUCUCCAUCAGUUUUAUAAAGAUGUCAGUAAGAUUACACGCCCUGGACCUGAUGGAGAUAUGGUUCAGGAUCUUGAUAUGCUAUCUUCUGGAGGUUUCGAUUCGGUUGAGGUAACCAGUGUCACGUCCCAAGACUCUCACCGUAGGUGUAUCUUCGUCGAUGUUUGUGGCUAUAUCACUUCACGCGAGAGACCUCCAAGGAACUUCACACAAAUUUUCUUUCUUGCUCCCCAAGAAAACGGCUACUUUGUUUAUAAUGACAUGUUCAAGUUUCUUGACAUAUCCGAGGCUAAUGAUGCAGCCAUUCCUUCUGCUAAUGCUGCCGUAACUGAGGGUAAAGCCAUUUGCAUUAAAAAUCUUCAUCCAUAUACAACCAUUGCCUCAGUUGAGGAUGAGUUUAAGCAGUUUGGAGAAAUCAGAAGAGGUGGAAUUGAAAUUAGGAGCACAAGGAGCUUUUCUUAUGGCUUCGUGGAGUUUAAGGAAGAAAAUGCUGCCCAGAAGGCAAUAGAGGCGUCUCCUAUAAUGUUUGCUGGCAAUAGAGUUUACGUGGAAAGGAAGCGACCUGACUAUAUGAGUGAGUUUGUGGGAGUAUUAUUUAGUCUCUGUCUACUAUCAAAGAAUUGUGCUGAAGGCUCGGCCGGUUAUUGUUUGGUUGAGAAUCAGUGUCUAAGAAAUGGAGGUAACGAAGUUGCAGAUGAAUCACUGAGAGUUUCUGAACCAACGGAUGGUACUGGAAAUCAAGAGUCUCAAGAGUUAUAUGACAGUUUUGGAAUUUUCGUUAGAAAUCUUCCUCCAAAUGCAACCACUGACUGGUUGGUGAAUGUAUUCACGCGGUUUGGACAAAUUAGAAGAGAAGAAGUUGGAGUUUACCACCCUGGUUUGGACAAUAGCCAAUUGUCAAAUGUCAAUUGGUAUGGAUUUGUGAAGUUUGUGGAAGCAGAUGCCGCCGAGAGGGCAAUAGAGGCGUCUCCUAUAUGGAUUGAUGGGCGAAGACUUCAAGUGGUGAAGCAGUUUAAGAGGGGAGUGCGGAAUCGAAACUGA